AUGGCGGCCUCUUCGACCGCGGUCGUAGAACUUGGCUUUGCCGAGCCACCCGCACAACCACUAACUUCUGAAAAGUUUCCCAGCAAAAUCGGUGGGAAGCCGGCAUGGUUAAACCCCAAGCAUAUUUUGUCAGCAGAUAAAGUAGAAUGUGGUGUAUGCAAAAAACCCAUGAUAUUAUUGUUACAGCUUUAUACUCCGGAGGAUUACCCACCUGAAGCAUUUCAUCGAAUGAUUUAUGUUUUUUGUUGCAAGAAUGGCUCUUGUCAUAAAUUGUCUUGGAGAGAAAGCUUUAAAGUAUAUCGUAGCCAGCUUUCAAGGGACAAUCCAUAUUGGCCAGUGCCACCAUCAACUUCUAGCGAAGAGCUCGAGGAUUCGAAUCAAGAAAACAUUGCUAGUGAAUUGGCACCAGAUAACCAAUUGUCAGACAGAAAUCAGGAGAAGUUGCAGAAUGAUGAUUUAAAGCAAAUCCACCAAAAAUUAAAUACCAUUCAAUGCAUUGUUUGCGGUCUUCUCGGAUCUAAAACCUGCGGGAAAUGUAACAUUGUGCGAUAUUGUUCCAAAGCCCAUCAAAUUGAACAUUGGAUAACAGGACAGCAUAAGACAUAUUGUAGUAGUAUAGAUUUGUCAUCUAACCCAACAGAAAAUGAUGACAAAUUGUGUCAGGAUACGAUUUUGUUUCCAGAAUACGAGAUUGUAAAUGAAUCUGAAACAGAUAGAGAUGGUGGUGGUGAAGAUGACGAGAAUAGGGAAAAUGAAAUUUCACAAGAGAAUAGCAAUUCUCGAGCUCUUGUUCCUGUCGGUGAUGAAACUUAUGAAGAAUCACAAGUGAAUGUGGAUAAAGCUUUUUUGCAAUUUCAAAGAAAGGUGGAAUUGAAUCCUGAUCAGGUGCUAAGAUAUGCGCGAGUGGAAUAUGAAGCCGACAGAAAUCCUGAUCCUUUAUGGGUUAGUGAACACGAAAAACCAGAUUUACAGCAAGACAUACCUGCUUGCCCUUAUUGUAGUAAUCCGCGUACUUUUGAAUUUCAGAUACUUUCUACUCUAUUAAAUUACCUGAAAAUUGAUCACACGAAACGAGAUUCUCUCGACUGGGGUACAUUAUUAGUAUAUAGCUGUAAAGGAAAUUGUUAUAUCGAUGAUGAAAAGAAUCUUCACUAUUUAGAAGAAUAUAUUUGGCGUCAAAAUUUUUCGGAAGAGGGAGUUCAGCUGGAUCAAAGAUAA